AGUCAGUCACGUGUUAAUCUCAUUUUCGCUUAUAAAAAUAUCUUGGCACUACAGUCUUAUCUAUGGUCUAUGAUGUAGUAACGUUCAUCGUCUUCUAUAAAAGAUAUAUUGAGGUCUAUGAUGACUUGAUGAGAUUUACAUACAAGAGUGACAGAACAAAAGCAUCUCUAUCUUUAUUUAUAUUUCACAAAAUUAAAGAUGAAUUUGAUCAAGGGUGAGGGUGAAGUGAGCUCUAACAAGGAGCUUCUCCAAGCUCAGGAGCUUCUAUGGCACUGCACUUUCAGCUUCAUAAAGCCCAUGUCAUUAAAAUGCGCCAUUGAAUUAGGUAUCGCAGAUAUCAUCCACAACCAUGGCCAACCCAUUACCCUAUCCAAACUCAUUUCUUCACUUCCUAUCCACUCUUCGAAAGCUCAUUGCAUUCAACGCCUUAUGCGAAUCCUUGUUCAUUUUGGCAUCUUCUCAACCCAAGCACCACAAGAAGAUCAGCAAGAAGAAAAAGAGGAGGAGAAAUACUAUCUCACACUCACUUCUAGGCUUCUCUUGUUAAAAGAUGGUCCUUUCAGGGCUACACAAUUUUGUCUUGCCGAACUCCAUCCGCGUUUGCUUGCCCCAUGGCAGUUCUUGAGCACUUGGUUACAAAAAGGCGACGAUGAUGAUCCGACGCCGUUUAAGAUGGUGCAUGGGAUGAACUUUUGGGAUGACCUACCAACUGCUGAUCCAACGGUUAAGUGCAUAUUUACGGAAGCCAUGGCCAGUGACUCCCAUCUAAUAUCGAAAGUGAUUGUAGAAGAUGGCAAAAAGGUAUUUGAAGGGUUAAGCUCGUUGGUGGAUGUGGGAGGUGGCGCAGGUAUUAUGGCCAAGGCCAUAGCCAAUGCCUUCACUAACAUUAAAUGCACUGUGCUUGAUCUUCCAUAUGUUGUUGCUGAUUUGAAGGGAACACACAACUUGAACUUUGUUGAAGGAGAUAUGUUCAAGAAAAUACCUUCUGCACAUGCUGUUUUACUCAAGUGGGUCCUGCAUAAUUGGAGUGAUGAAGAAGCUACGAUUAUAUUAAAGAAAUGCCGAGAAGCCAUCAUUGAGAGCAAAGAUGAAGGAGGGAAAGUGAUAGUGAUAGAUAUGAUUAUUGAUGAGAACUCAAUGUUAGAGAAAAAGCUAGUUGAAACUCAACUCUAUUUUGAUAUGUUAAUGAUGAUCAACGUUACGGGCAAAGAACGUAAUAAAAAACAAUGGGAAAACCUCUUCUUGGCUGCUGGUUUUAGUCAUCACAAGAUAACUCCAAUUGAGGGACUUAGAUCUAUCAUUGAAGUUUACCCUUAAAAAAGUAUAUGCAUAGCAUUUAAUUACUCAUAAAAUAUAAUUAUGCAUGCAUUUGAUUUCGUUAUGUUAUGUUGUGUCUGUACCCUUCUAAGUUGUUUGCUUUUGUAUUUCAUUGUUAUAUGUGAGUUUAUUAAAUUCAAUAAAAACUGUUCACAGUUUAUUCUCAA